GUCUGUGAUUAUGGAGGCAGUAGAGCAUGCUCUCGUUGAACAGCUCAGACCAGCUGGGAGAAACAUAUCUGACUUAAUGUGCAAGUUUCAAAGCCAAGUGAUAUGAUUUUGUAUUGCAUCAGUGCAGUUGCGGACCUGGUGAUUAUUAUACAGUAAUGUAUCGCAAUAAGGUUAAAAAAUGUUUCGUUUCUUCCGACAGAAAGUUCUUCUUCCAGAGCCUCUUCUCAAAGCAGAGAGAUCACUGAACAGAAAAGCACAAUGUGCCAUUUGCCUGAGGUUUUUCCACGCAGAGCACACCUGUCAGAACUCAAGGGACCUCCCAGUAGUUCACCACAAGAAGUACGUUUGUGACCUCCCUCCAAACCACAGAUUCCCCAUGGGAAAAUUCCCAAAAGUCCUGCAGUGUCUGCUGAAGGAUCAAGUAAUAACAGAAACACAGGUCUGGGUCCCUUUGUUGGCAUCAGAUGAGAUGCUGGGAAGUGUCCAUACGCAAGAAUAUCUGAGCAAUUUUAUAACUGGUAAAACUGAUGAGAAGGAACAAAGACGGACUGGGUUCACUUGGAGUUCAGGCCUGGUGCAGCGCUGCAGAUAUGAAACAGGUGGCACUGUGCUGGCAGCCCAGGUGGCUCUGCAGAGGGGGUUAGCGUGCAGCACCGCCGGUGGGACACAUCACGCCUUCCCCAGCUACGGCUCUGGCUUCUGUCUGCUGAAUGACUUGGCUGUGGCCGCCAAGCACCUGCUGACCGAGUCCAGGAUCAAGAGACGGAUUCUCAUCGUGGAUCUAGAUGUGCAUCAGGGUGACGGCACUGCUUUUAUCUUCAAAGAUGAGCCAGAUGUGUUUACAUUCUCUAUGCAUUGUGGCAAGAAUUUCCCUUUGAGGAAGCAGUGCAGCGACCUGGACGUGAGUCUGGAUGAUGGCAUGGAGGAUAAAGAGUAUCUGUCCACAUUACAGGCACACCUACCCUGGUUGCUGGACGUAUUUCGACCAGACUUGGUGCUGUAUGAUGCCGGUGUUGAUCCUCACUGGGAAGAUGAGCUAGGGAGACUUCGGCUGACUGAUCAAGGUCUUUUUGAGAGGGACCAAUAUGUGCUGAAAUCUGUUGUUAAGAAGGGCAUCCCUGUGGCCACCGUCAUUGGAGGAGGCUAUUCCAGAGACGUCGAUAGAUUGGCUCUCCGACACUCCAUUGUCCACAGAGCAGCAGCUAAGGUUUGGAAAGAAUACGUCACGUAACUCUGGCACAGUGUUUGGUCAGAAAAUGGCUGGAAAUUUGGACUGUGGUCUACUCACAAACGUUCUGCAAACCAAGAGGAACAUUCACUUGAGUAAUACACUCAAUGUACGUUGCUGAAGCUCAACUUCUAUCGACGAGAUGACAUGCAUAAAUCAUAUGACCUUUCAGUCAUAAAUGUGAAAUAUGCCCUUUAUUAAAUAAUUUAACUGAU